UUCAUUUUCAACUGAGUUUUAUAUAAGGCCGAACUUUUGUUCACUUCGCAUGUUAUUACAUCAAGCAGGCGGAUAAUUCUAUGAAAAUGGAGUUAAGUGUUUACAUUUUCGCCUUUGUUUGUACAAUUACAUUUGUACAAUGUGCGACAACACCGAUAACAGUAAGCACGGCGCCAAUAGCUCCACCAGCUGGACGUACAAAUGCACCAGUUGGAAGUACACAUGCACCAGCUGGAAGUAUACAUGCACCAGCUGGAAGUACACAUGCACCAGUUGGAAGUAUACAUGUACCACCUGGAACUACACAGGCACCAGCUGGAACUACACAUGCACCAGCUGGAAGUACGCAUGCACCAGUUGGAAGUACGCAUGCACCAGCCGGAACUACACAUGCACCAGCUGGAAGUACGCAUGCACCAGCCGGAACUACACAAGCACCAGCUGGAAGUUCAGCAAAUUCUUCUGACAAUGGACUUGGGAAUGGAUCGCAUCAGCUUGUCAAACCGUUGGGCCCGCUGGUAUUCGGUGCUAUCGCCGUCCUCGUGUACUUUCUCUAAAUGAUCUGCAACUUGAACAGUACACGUCAAUCCGAAAGCUACAUAACAAUGUCUAAUGACGAUUGAUAAUGGCUUCAGUAGCUUUAAUACUUGCAUGUAUUAAAUGUAACUAAUUGUGAGGUAAUGCAGAAACAAAUUCCUCAAGUUAAAUGCAUAUUGAUUAAGUUAAAUAAAUACAAACGACAGUAAGAAACGUGCCUAUCUACGACAAAGUACAUUACAAUAACGUUAUAAUAUAUUCUGCUUGUCUUGAAAUUUUCCACUCGGAAUGGAUAUUUUCAACAGCUUAUCAUUUUGAUAAAACAUUGUUAUUUCUCUCUGCACAUGCUUUAUAUUGGCAUGAUAUAAGGACACUCGUUAAUAUUCUAAUAUGUGAUUUGCUUGACUUCUGCUCAUCUCGUGUGUUACCUGUUCAAAACAUUAUUGACACUUUGCAAAGGAAAUCGUGGUUCUUGGAAAUACAUCGAACUUUCAGGGCAAAAUUAACACUGUGCAAAAAUUGCCUAAUGAGUGGAGGGCAAAAGUACAUCUUUGACUAGGUGAAAAUGUCCAUGCAUACACUAUUAUAGUUUAAGGUUGCAAUAGUUUCACCCAAUGGUUCAAGAACAGUUAAUGACUGCGAGACAAAUAACCUGUUCAGAUUCUAGCCCCUAUAGUACAGUACACACCUCAUUUUGUAACAUGUCUCUGAGUUAUAUAUUCUUUACUGUAUCGAUGACAAUGUUUUCAAAGGCGUAAUCACCUGUGUAUAUGUUACGUUUAUCUUUCAAGAUACAACGUGGUAUACUCUGCUAGUGCAUUUAAUAGUCCCCGAGGUUUGACAUAGCCUUGAAAGACAGCUAUCUGUUUUGAAUAAUAGCAUGGUUUAUUAUUUUCACACAAUAAACAAUCUGUUUAAUUUGAAAUUUACCAGUGCACCUUUUAGUUAAAAAAUAUAAGCCAAGGGGUUCUAUGCACCUCCCCUUCAUUUUCAACAAUAGUUUAGAACAAUUCAAGUUUCCAACUAUUUGUCCCCUAGAAUCAUCCAGAAGGACAAACAGCUGUUAUGAUGCAGUGUAAUUAAUGUUUGGCAUACUGUAUCUAUUAUAAAAUGUUGUUAGGUUAAUAGCUACAUCCCACCAAUGGAAGAGGAACGCGAACAAGCGUCUGAAUCUGUAAGUAAAAUGUGACUUUGUUGUUGUGGUCGAUGUUUGAUACAUGUACAUUUACUUGCUUAUUGUUUUGUAAU